AUGAAAGAUCUCGAAAGAAUGUUGAAGGACAAAUUCGUUCAUUUUUACCCAAACUCAGAGAGAAGGAAUUAUAGGCUCCGCAAAGAAUGCAUCGCUGAAGGAUCAGCAGGAACAAUAUUUCUAGGCACCAUUCCCAAUAUUUUUCGAGAAGCAGCGAUAAAAAUCAUUCCUAAACAGAAAAAUUGUAAUGUUAGCAAUGAAGCAGAAAUUCUAAAGCGUUUGGACCACCCAAAUAUAAUCAAGCUUUAUGAGGUCUCUGAAGAUUUCAGAAACAUUUAUUUAGCCUUAGAAUACUGCCCUGAGGGCGACCUUUAUAACAGGCUUCUUGAGGGAGCAAUAAUGGAAAAAGACUGUGCGCAAUUAUUUAAACAAAUGGUGUCGGCAAUUAGUUAUAUCCAUGGCCAAAAUAUUGUCCAUAGAGAUGUUAAACCUGAAAAUUUCUUAUUGUCCAGUAUCAGCAAUAAUGCUAUUAUUAAAUUGGUUGAUUUUGGAAUAGCUUCAGAUUAUUACAAUAAAAAUGUUCUAACUUAUAAAAUGACUCAAAUAAAUUUUUUUUCGACUUAAAUUAAAUUGCGGUUUUCGUCCAUCAUCUGGACCAACUUUAAAUCACAAGUUUUUCGAAUUAAUACCUUUAAUGAUAUUAAUUAUGCUAUUCUCUUUUAUAAUGCAAUUGCAUUAAUUUAAUUGAAUUUUAUUAGAAAGAAGAUCUUAAUUGUUAUAAAUAAACUUUAACUGAAUCGUUUCAAUGCAUUUAUAUCAAUAGCGAGUAAGUGCAAAAGUCGGAAGUUCUUAUUAUAUGGCCCCUGAAGUAUUGCAAGGGAGCUAUAAUGAAAAAUGCGAUGAGUGAAGCCUAGGAGUAGUACUUUAUAUGAUGCUAUCUGGAAAUCCUCCUUAUAUAGGCAACUCUGAAGAUGAGAUGCUUAAUACAAUCCUUAACUUUAGUCCAAGCUUUGAAGAAGAGGAAUGAAGCUUGGUUAGUGACUCACUCCCCCUCCCCCUCCGUGAGUGAACAAAACCAUUAGAAAAAAUCACCAUUUUUUGCCCAAAAACCCCACCCUCCGUGAGUGAACAAAAAUUUUUUUAAUACAAAAAUUUUUUAUGGAAAAAAUUUUUGAUAUAUAAAUGAUAAUUAGUAUAAUAAAAUCUAGAGCUAAUUCUAUUUAAUUUUAAACGAAUUGCUCUUUAAAACAUAAAUUUUAUAAAUUAAAUUAAUAUUUGCCUUCCAAUUUUUGCGAAUUAGGAUUUUUUUAAAUUUAGAAAAAAAAAUAUUUUUUAUAAAAUUUAUAUAUAAAUUUUUUUAAAAAAAAAAUUAACCCCCCUCCGUGAGUGAACAAAAAUUUUUUUUGUUCACUCACGGAGGGGGGGGGAGUCAGCAAAAGAUUUAGUAAGAAAAUUACUAACUAUCAGCCCAAGUGAUAGAAUUUCAGCAAAAGAAGCCUUAAAUCAUCCUUGGCUUGUGGAUGUUAAAAUAGGAUCACAAAAGGUUUAUAAUUAUGAUCCUUUCUUGGUAAAAAACUACCAAGGGUUAAACAAUUUUGAGAAGUAUGUUUUGAAUUAUUUGAGUUUUCUCAGUUCUGAUAUUGAAAUUAAAGAUCAAAUUGAACAGUUUAUAAAUAGUGAGCAUCAAAUAAAGCAAAGGGCUGAACAUGCUGAGUCUUCUCCUCAUUUUGAGGAUUUUAAUUUGUCGUUUAUCGAAUUUAUUGCAAUUUCAGUCGAUAAACAUAUUGUGACAACUCAGGAAAAAUUGCAUGAAGUAUUUAACUAUAUUGAUAGAAGUAAAAAGGGGAAAAUUGCCUUAUUAGAUAUAAUUGAGGCAAUUGAUAGGAACAUAGCCCAUGAUGAUUUUAUUGAAGGAUUAGAAUCAGAUGGGAUGGAUUUUCAACAAUUUGCGUGCUUUGUUGAAAAUAUUUUUUCCAAAUAA